GCGGUUGUUUUGACGGUGUCAAUCGGUUCGUUUUACUUUUGCAGCAGCUGGUUCCGAGGACUGAUUGUGACCUCCGUGAAGCGGUGUACCUUCUGGAACAAACCUGUGCGGUGCAGAACGCCAUUGCAGCCAUGACCAUCGUGCGGCGUCGUAAUUUGAUCCGCUGAAGAUAUCUAGGUCAACCAGGCAGGGGGGAGGGCCCAACUAGCCCGGCGCAAGGUCGUCAACAUGGUGAUCACGUCUACGAACAAGAUGUUUCUGCUGACCUUUGUCCUGUUUGUCCUGUGUGUGGUUCUGUUCUUCGUUCUGGUGUCCCUUCGGAAGAGCGAAAAAACAAGUCAAUGGGAGGCCUUCAUCAACCGCGGGCAGUCUCGGCUGACCGACAGUGGCGAUACCAAUCAUUGGUACUUUGUGAUAAGAGAUCUCGACAAAAUUCGGCACCUAUCGGAGGUGCGUAACAUCGAACGGGCCACGUGGAUCGAAAAGACCGCCGCGGGAUUCGUGCUGCACGGCACCGACUACGAGAUCGCGUUCGAUCGGGUGGUUCCGGGAUCGAAGCACCACCACCCGAUGCACCCCCAGCCAGAGGAGGAAGACUACACGUUGGCACUGGUCAAGCGGAAGCUGUACCCCUGGGACGUGAAAAGUAAACGAAACGACGAGAAGGGAUGAUGGAUUGUUGUGAUUACGAUUACCAGUUUGUUCAAAAUGACACUAGUGUGUAGGAUUUAGUUUAGUAUUUUGUUCAGUAUGUAGCUGAAAUCAUUUUUUAUUUACCUCGUGAUGAUGUACAACUUUUGCCUCAGUUUUUUUUU